AUGCAAACUAUAAAGUGUGUUGUGGUUGGAGAUGGAGCAGUGGGAAAGACUUGCCUGCUUAUCAGCUACACAACAAAUAAAUUCCCAUCAGAAUAUGUGCCAACAGUAUUUGAUAAUUAUGCAGUCACUGUCAUGAUUGGAGGAGAGCCAUACACCCUUGGGCUCUUUGAUACUGCAGGACAGGAAGAUUACGAUAGGCUUAGACCUCUGAGUUACCCACAAACAGAUGUUUUCCUUGUUUGCUUCAGUGUAGUGAGUCCAAGUUCUUUUGAAAAUGUUAAAGAAAAGUGGGUACCUGAAAUAACUCAUCAUCAGCAAAAGACACCAUUCCUUUUGGUAGGGACACAGAUAGAUUUACGAGAUGAUCCAGGAACCAUGGAAAAAUUGGCGAAAAUCAAACAAAAGCCAGUGUCACUAGAACAAGGAGAGAAACUUGCAAAGGAACUAAAGGCAGUGAAAUAUGUAGAAUGCUCAGCUUUGACACAGAAAGGAUUGAAGAAUGUGUUUGAUGAAGCGAUUCUGGCUGCAUUAGAGCCUCCAGAGCCUGUAAAGAGAAGGAAAUGUGUCAUGCUGUAA